CGAUCAAUGGCUUCUACUCAAAAUGUUUUCGCAGGAAUAGGUGAAGGUCAAUCUACCACGAGGCCACUGUUAUUUGAUGGAACAAAUUAUACAUAUUGGAAAGAGCGGAUGAGGAUUUUUAUUCAAUCCAACAACUUUCUUUUGUGGAGAAUAAUUAAAAAUGGUGAAGAAGUACCCACCAAGAAAGUUGGGGAAACCAUCGUGCACAAAACUGAAGAUGAGUAUGAUGAGCGGGAUAUCAAGAAGAUAGAAAACAACGCCAAGGCUAUCAACAUCAUCUAUUGUGCCGUAAACCCGGAUGAUUACCGGAAGAUCUCUUGUUGUUCCACCGCCAAGGAAAUGUGGGACAAGCUAGAAAUCACAUAUGAAGCCGAUGCUAUCCAAGAAUCCAUCGGCAUCACCAGUGUCACCAUUGACGGGCUUAGAGGUAACCUCAAAACGUAUGAGUCUACCAUUCUUUACCCCUCUUUAGGUGAACAAAAGAAGAAUGGGAUUGCACUCAAGGCGUCCACAAGUCAAGAACGUGAUGUGAAGGACUCGAGUGACAAAGACGAGUUCGGGGUCGUGCUUCAGAAAUUCUAUAAGUUCAUGCGCAAGGAGUUUGAACGAAAAGGAAAGAAGCAAGGAGAACCACCCAAAUGCUAUGGGUGUGGAGAAGUUGGGCAUAUAAAACCAAAAUGCCCAAAUACAAAGAAUGAGAAGAAACCGUUCAAGAAGCACCGAGCUUACAUCUCGUGGGGAGGUGAUUCCGGCGAUGAAUCAUCGGAAGGCGAAGAAAACGAAAGUGCCAACCUUUGCCUCGUGGCACACGAGGAAUCACCGGAAGAGGUAUGUACCACUUCUAAAGAUUCCUACACCUUUGAUGAUGUUCAAGAAGCCUUCAAUGAACUUUAUGAUGAAUAUGUCAACGCUUCUAAAAUUAACAAGGAUUUGAAGAAACAACUUACUUCCAUGGAGAAGGAAGUUGAUAACCUAUCAAAAGAUAAUGAAAAACUUAAAGAAGAAAAUAAGUUUUUCGGGAAAAGAAGCGCCGGCAAACUGGAAAGUUCCAAAUGUUGUUCUUCACCAUCACUUAAGCAACAAGUUGCAAAACUUGAAGGAACCUUGAAAAAGUUUGGUGUUUCUCAUAAAAAUCUUAAUGAUAUUCUUGAUAAUUUGCAACUUACUAAACAUGGCUUAGGAGGUCAAAGAAAGCGCUCCCGCACCGGAAAGAACGUCGCUUCUGCCUCGACUCCUCCACCACCGGCGCACAAGUACUUCGAUGGGUCGUUCCUUUGGUUCAACGACCGCGCAGAGGCAACGCAGUUCUCGGAGAAGUUUGAGCACCGAGAAAUUCUUCCUCCCCGGUUCUCCACCGCCCGCUUCAUUCAUGAUUCCAUUCCACGCGAGGCACGAAUUAUCCUCGAGCGUGGAAAUUUCCUCGAUCUCCUCUACAUCAAGAAGGCUCACUAUCAACCCUUUCUCCCAAGGAAGUUCAAUCACACCGCUCUCUCCCAAGAGGACACGAAGAUGCUUCAUGCGAUGAUUCACAACGCCAAUAUCAAUUUGUGUAAGUUUGUGAUGACUCACAUGUUCAAUGCCACCUCCGACAACCGGCCGCUUCCCUAUGCUCUUCUCGUCAUGGCUAUCCUUGAUGAGUUCCACAUCAAUACGGACAUCGGGCAAAAAUGCAAAGGGACAAAGCAUUGGGAGAUUGAUGACUCCUCCUUCCACUCGGGAACCAACGAGACUCCGUUUCGACAGCCUCGUCCACGCCGCCAACCAAGGGCCACCGCUUCGACCAACACUUCUCUUGCCGAGCAAAUGGCAGCCUUGACCGCCACUCUCUCUCGGAUUGACACCAACGUCUCCCAAAUGGCCCAAAAUGUCAAUAUUUUGAGCCGUGAGCUUCACGGGUAUUUUGACUUUGUCAACUACCCCUACGCUCAAAUGGUCCCUUACGCUCCUCCGCCAAACUUCGGUAAUGAACCAAACGGGACUAAUUGUUAGAAUAAAGGCCCAACGCUAGAGGGGGGGGGGGGUGAAUAGCGUUUAAAACAAAAUCGCAGGAAAUUAAAACGAGAGCGUUAAAGUAAAGAGCGUAAGGAAGG